CACACACACACAACACUCACUGGGUGAGUGGCUCCAAACUGGUCAUUCCUGAAAUUCCUCUUCUCUUUCUCUCUCUUUCUCUGUUCCCUUUUUCUUCCAUCACCACCACAAUUACAAUUGCAGUUUUAGGAACCUUUUUAUUUGUAACCUUAAUUGAUUAUUCUCUGUCUUCUUCGGAACCAUGGCGGAUCUCAAGUCCACAUUCAUGAAUGUCUAUUCCGUUCUCAAAUCUGAGCUCCUCCACGACCCCGCUUUCGAGGCCUCCGAUGAUUCUCUUCAAUGGCUCGACCGGAUGCUGGACUACAAUGUGCCUGGAGGAAAGCUGAACCGUGGACUGUCAGUUAUUGACAGCUACAGAUUGUUAAAAGAAGGACAAGCAUUAAAUGAUGAUGAAAUUUUCCUUGCCAGUGCUCUUGGUUGGUGUAUUGAAUGGCUUCAAGCAUAUUUUCUUGUUCUUGAUGAUAUUAUGGAUAACUCACACACACGUCGUGGUCAGCCAUGCUGGUUUAGAGUACCCAAGGUCGGACUGAUUGCAGCAAAUGAUGGAGUUCUACUACGGAACCAUAUUCCGCGUAUCCUUAGGAAGCACUUCAGGGGAAAGCCAUAUUACGCUGAUCUUCUGGAUUUGUUUAAUGAGGUUGAGUUCCAGACUGCUUGUGGACAGAUGAUAGAUCUGAUCACCACACUGGAAGGAGAAAAAGACCUGUCCAAAUACACAUUGUCACUGCAUCGGCGUAUUGUCCAGUACAAGACUGCCUAUUAUUCAUUUUACCUUCCAGUUGCUUGUGCAUUGCUCAUGGCGGGUGAGAAUCUUGAUAAUCAUGUUGAUGUAAAGAACAUUCUUGUUGAGAUGGGAACAUACUUUCAAGUACAGGAUGAUUAUUUGGAUUGCUUCGGUGAUCCUCAAACAAUUGGAAAGAUAGGUACAGAUAUUGAAGAUUUCAAAUGCUCUUGGCUAGUAGUGAAAGCCUUGGAACUUAGCAAUGAACAACAAAAGAAAGUUUUAUAUGAGAACUAUGGGAAGCCAGAUCCAGCAAAUGUUGCUAAAGUGAAGGCCCUGUAUAACGAGCUUAAUCUUCAGGGUGUAUUUGCGGAUUACGAGAGUACGAGCUACGAGAAGCUGGUAACAUCCAUUGAUGCUCAUCCUAGCAAAGCAGUUCAAGCUGUAUUGAAGUCCUUUUUGGCUAAAAUUUAUAAGAGGCAGAAGUAGAGUCACUGUAAGGUCAAAACUAAUUGUUGAAGAUGCAAUAGAAGCUUCAUCAUGAUUGGUGGCCAAGAAAUUUUUAAAAAUCGAUCUUCCUAGUCUUUUUUUUCUUUUUUUUUUGUGAUGUGAUCUUCUUGUAUUUUAUCAUGUAGACUUUCUUGGGAUACUUGUUUGACUAGUAAUUUUUUUCUCUUCUGAAACUUGUUGGAUCUUAUUACUAUCAUUUGUGGUUCAUCAGCAAACCUCAAGUUUGCCAGUGAAAUAAAAAUAUAUAUACAUAAAAUUG